AUGUUGUUCAUAUUCUUCUUUGCUAUAUUAGGUGGCAAAUUUUCCUACACAGAAGCAUGGGGCGCAGUGGGACAUAGUAUCAUUGUAAGGCUUGCUCAAGAUCAAUUGACCAAUGCUACAGCAGACUGGCUUCAAAGUCUCGUUCCGUGGCAUUUUCGAGGAAACUUAAGUGCCAUGGCUUCGUGGGCUGAUUCGAUUAUUCACGAAAAUAGCAAUCCAACUGGUUUUAUCAAUUGGGAAUGGUCAAAAAAAUUGCAUUACAUCAAUGUUCCUGACGGAAGUUGUAUAUACCAAGUAGAUCGAGAUUGUGAGAACAAUACUUGUAUUGAUGGUGCAAUAAGAAACUAUACAGAAAGAUUAGAGAAGAAUCUCGAUCUUGCUCAACAGCAGGAGGCAUUGUAUUUUCUGGUACAUUUUGUCGGUGAUAUACACCAACCGUUUCAUACUGCAUUGAAGAGUGACUACGGUGGUAACACAAUUAAAGUUCGUUUUAUGAAUGGAAGAGUAACGAGUUUGCAUUCGCUUUGGGAUUCUGGAAUAAUUCAAUAUCGAAUUCAAACUGACUUUCAAUCGAAUGUCAAUAAAUAUUACGAAUACAUUCAUCAGUUGAUGCUUCGAGAACCGAUACUCAAUUCUGAUGAUGAUAUCCAAGAAUGGAUUCGAGAAAACUUGAAAUUAGUUUGUAAUCAACUUUAUUUUGAUGGUAAUAAUCAAACUAUGGAUGUUACGAAAACACACAAUCUGAAUGAAACCUAUUAUAUGCGUAGUAGACCGAUCAUCGAAAAGCAUUUAGCUCUAGCUGGACGACGACUUGGUACAAUCCUCAAUCGAAUUGCACAAGCUCGGGCAAGACAAUUUUUGUUGUCGACAUCUUUAUCCCCAGUCGUUUAUAUUCUAAUUGCUGUUGGAAGCGUUAUUAUAAUGCUAAUUGUAACUUUAGUAGUUUUUCUGUGUAUUCGAAAUAGAAAGAAACGUUAA